AUGAGCAGUGGCUCAGAUCAGCAUACAGAAUUUCCCGAGCUCCUGCCUGAACAGAAUCCACCUACGAACUACGGGAAAUUCGUCAUUUCUAUGCUUAAACGGAUGUCCAAGGAUGCUCCUGGAGAGCAAGUUAUUGAUCAGACGAAGUUAAGGAGGUGCAUCUCCCUCUCUUCGUCUUUUCUGUUAUCCGAUACAUGCAUGGACCCCGACCACGGCGUGAAUUCGUGGUUUAUGGGCUUCAGUCGAUUAAUCGACGUCAUUGUUGCUCUCCAUGUCAGAAGCGAAUUGGACAUUGAGACCAUGAAUGCGGCAUCUAAAGCUUGCUCGGAGUGUUGGAGCGUUGCCGGCGCUUGGAAAGGUCUUGAACAGUGUCGUGAAGGCGUCAAGAAGGUAGCAGGCAAGCUGAAGAAGUUGCUAGACGAGAAUGGGCGCACUUAUCGCGGGGAGAGGGUAUACGCGCCGUAA